AUUCAGUGUAGCCUUCUUUUCCUCAAUUUCCCCCUUCUCUCUAACUGCUUCAGAGUCAGCUAUACGUAUACAGUAUACUAUAUCCAUACUUCUUAUCUCAAAUACGCACACUCACAUGCUUUCCUUGUUUAAUUUUACCGAACAUAAUCAUUAUUUAAUCAUAAAGACCGUAUAAUACUCCGUAAUUUCUUACUUUUUGUAAUUUAUUUAAUACGGGAUUACAAGGCAUAAUUCGCCAGGUUGGUGUGAGGGAAGGAGCCAGAUAGAAAUGAAAAACGGUUCUGAAUCACCGGAUAACAAGGAAGAAGUAAAGAUAAAGCCGCCGGAGCAGCAUAAGGACCAGGCCGCGGCCGCAGCCGCGGCGGCGGCAGUUCCGUGGGUGCCGGUGCAGUAUCCGCCGCCUGCUAUGAUAAUGCAGCCCCACCACUUCAUUCCGCCACCUUACCCAGCUCAUUACAUGCCGUUCUACCAAGAUCACCACCACCAGCCAUUCUCGCCGGCGAGGCGACCCGGAGGAUCCAAUAGCGAGAACAGAACGAUCUGGGUUGGUGAUCUCCACCAUUGGAUGGACGAGGAUUACCUCCGCAGCUGCUUCGCUUCUAACCGCGAGGUUGCCUCUUUAAAAGUCAUCAGAAACAAACAGACAGGUUUAUCAGAGGGAUAUGGUUUUAUAGAAUUCCUUUCUCAUGCUGCUGCAGAGAAAGUCUUGCAAGCAUAUAGCUGCAUUGUGAUGCCUAACACAGACCAACUUUUCCGUUUGAAUUGGGCUUCAUGCAGCACCGGAGAAAAACAUUCAAAUAGUGUGCCCGAUCUUUCCAUAUUUGUAGGAGAUUUAGCUGCUGAUGUUACUGAUACCUUACUACUUGAUACAUUUUCUAGUAAAUACCCCUCUGUUAAAGCUGCUAAAGUGGUGGUUGAUGCCCAUACCGGUCGUUCCAAGGGUUAUGGUUUUGUAAGGUUUGGGGAUGAUAGUGAGAGGUCACAUGCCAUGUCCGAAAUGAACGGUGCAUAUUGUUCAAGCAGGCCAAUGCGAAUUGCUGCAGCCACUCCUCGAAAAUCAUCUGGUUAUCAACUGCAACGUGUUCCGCAAGGUGGAUAUGAAAAUGGUUCUCCAGCCCGCGGAUCACAAUCUGGUGGAGAUUCUACUAAUACAACAAUAUUUGUGGGAGGCCUUGACCCAAAUGUUGGCGAUGAAGAUCUUAGGCAGCCUUUCUUGCAGUAUGGUGAAGUAGUUUCUGUGAAAAUUCCAGCUGGGAAAGGAUGUGGAUUUGUGCAAUUUGCUAAUAGAAAUGACGCUAUAGAAGCCCUAGAGAAGACGAGAGAUCUCGUGAUUGGGAAGCGGACGGUUCGCCUUUCUUGGGGACGAAAUCCAGUGAGUAGACAAUCAAGACCUGAUGUCGUCAAUAACCCAUGGACUAGUCCAUACUACGGUGGACACUUCUACGGAGGAGGUUACGGAUAUGGGUAUGGUUAUGGUUUCCCUGCAGUACGCCCUGACCCCAGCAUGUACACUUCUACCCCUUAUGCCGCUUAUCCAAUGUACGGUCCCCCCCGCCGGCCACGAGUGAGCUGAACUGUGUUGCCUCCACAUGAGCAGAACCAUUUUUUUAUUGGAGUUUGAGAUAGUAGUUAUACCUAGAGAAUCUUAUGGAUAAUUGACUUCGAAGUUUGGACAGUUUUAUAUUUUAUUGAAAUAAAUGUCUUUUGGAAAACAGGUUAUGUGUGGCUUCAUGCUUCCAUUGAAGUAAAUGGUGAGCAAAACCAGGUAAGAUCAUUAAGUAUGUUUUCCAUCA